AUGUUACAGCUCGAUAUCAGAGAUGUGUAUACGAAGGAAAAGAUAUGCGAGUCAGUGGAUAUUUCAGUUAGUGAAAAAAUAUGUCGAUUGUGUAUGGAGCCAGUAGAAAGUGAGUUUAGGUGUAUUUGUGAAGAAGAACUUGAAGCUAUCGAAAAAUUGGCUCCCGAAAUGACUAUAAAUAUCAUCAAAGAUCCCGUUGUAUGUAAGGAAUGCUUUGAUUUUGUGUGCACCCACAACAGUUUCCUAAAAAAUUGCUUGGAAGUACAGGAAAAAAUUGGAGGUAUUUUUUAUAGCGAAGCGACAGAACGUCGGAUAGAUGCGUCACCAGCCGAUUUAUUCCUUAAGACUGAAAACGAGGACAAAGAAUACAAUAUCAACGAGAUGGAAAUGUCGAUCAAAGCUGAAAGUAUCGACAUAAAAUCGGAAGAUGAGGAAAGCAGCGACUCGCUACUGCAGAGCUCUGAUAGUGGUUUAUUCGAGAAGAGUGUCUUUAGAGAUGCAGAAGAGGAUGGAUGUAAACAUGAGAAUAGAUCGACAAACGAAUGUAAUACGAAGGUCAAGCAGGACCACAAAGUAUUUUAUAAAUGUGAUAAAUGUAUUUACAAAACUGGAAGCGAGAGCCGUUUUAUAGCACAUCCUGCAAGACAGGAGAAGGAUUCGGAAGCAUAUAAAUGUGAAUCGUGUGAGUAUGAAAGCGAAAAUAAAAAAUUUUUUCAGAAGCACCAGUUGAAGCAUAAAGACUCUUCGGAUACGCAUAUGCAUCAAUGCGGAUCUUAUGAUUACAAGACAAGGCAUAGGUGUGAGCUUGCUAAGAGUCAGAUAUUUGAUAGCGAUGGCAAGGAGGUUAUAUGUAACGUUUGCAGAAGAAAGUUAAACGCAGCAUUCGAAUUUAAGUCAACUUGUCUGAAGACCGAUUACGCAAUUAUUCCAUAUGUGGAUUGUGAAAAAAUGUUACAGCUCGAUAUAAGGGAUGUGUAUACGAAGGAAAAGACCAGCGAGUCAAUGGACAUUUCAGAUAGUCAGAAAAUAUGUCGAUUGUGUAUGGAGCCAGUAGAAAGUGAGUUUAGGUGUAUUUGUGAAGAAGAACUUGAAGCUAUCGAAAAAUUGGCUCCUGAAAUGAAUAUAAACAUCAUCAAAGAUCCCGUUGUAUGUAAGGAAUGCUUUGAUUCUGUGUGCACCCACAACAGUUUCCUAAAAAGUUGCUUGGAAGUACAGGAAAAAAUUGGAGGUAUUUUUAAUAACGCAGCAACUGAAAGCCAGAUAGAUACGUCACCAUCCGAUUUAUUCGUUAAGACUGAAAACGAGGACAAAGAAUUCGAUAUCAACGAGAUGGAAAUGUCAAUCAAAGCUGAAAGUAUUGACAUAAAAUCGGAAGAUGAAGAAAGGAGCGACUCGCUACUGCAGAGCUCCGAUAGUGAAUCAUUCGAGAAGAGUGUCCUUAGAGAUGAGGAAGAGGAUGGAUGUAAACAUGAGAAUAAAUCGACAAACGAUUGUAAUACGAAAGACAAGCAGGAUGACAAAGUAUUUUACAAAUGUGAUAAAUGUAUUUACGAAACUGGAAGCGAGAGCCGUUUUAUAGCGCACCGUGUGAGACACGAGAACGAUUCGGAAGCAUAUAAAUGUGAAACGUGCGAGUAUGAAACUGAAAAUAAAAAAUUUUUUCAGAAGCACCAGCUGAGGCAUAAAGAUCCUUCGAAAACGCGUAUGCACCGAUGCGGAUCAUAUUGUUACAAGACAAGGCACAGGUGUGAGUUUGCUAAGAGUCAGGUGAAACACAAAAGCGCAUCUGGAGGGAGAUUGUAUGAGUGUGACAUUUGUGAUUUCAAGACAAAACGGAAG